AAGCAACUGAAGCAACAGCUGUGACGACGCUUUGAUUAAAAUAUCUACAUAUGUGAUGUGCAUAUUAAUUAAUUGUCGGUGGUGUCACAUGCGGCUGGCCACAGCACUGUUACUGGCACUUACAUGGUAGGAAGAAUUGGGCAACUGCGUUGGUUACAAAAAAAUACAAGACUGGACAAUUGAUUGCAAAUCGUUGACAACGCCAGCAGUUGGCCGAAUUUAUUUUAAUCAGUUGAGUUUCGUGUGAGGAAGUCGAAAGGUGCUGUCCAAGCAAUUGAAAGUGAACCUAAACAUUUGUAAUGUGCAAAUAUGCUUUAAUUGCACUGGCACUUAUGCUGCCCGCAUACGCCACACUGCUAGAUCUGCCGAUGUUCGACUAUUCAAAUGUGGAUUUUAAAAAUUUUCAAUACUUUAAAAAUUUGGCAUCGCAAAAUCCAAGGACCGCAGCCCAAGCAAAUCCGUUGCUCGAACAUUUUCAAAAAAAGAAAGCUGUGCUGGAUUACCUAGAUCGUCUCUUCUUUGGCAAUUCGCCCUUUACACAGCCAAGCGAGAUUCCAUUUGAUCCACAUUUUGGGAAGGCCUGGCGUCCGCACUACCAAAGAAAAUUUGGCUACAGAGGAGAGCGUCUGAUUGCCGCUCUGGGUUCAGGAUACUCUGUAAAACAGCUGCGAACAUUCGGCGCAAUCCCAUAUGAAUUCGGUACCGGUUACUAUCCCAGUUGAUAAUUUUAUUUCAGCAUUUAUAUAUGUAUAAGUAAUUUGUGUGUAAAAAAGUUGUGUGUAUUUAUGAUUUAUAUUUUAGUCUAGAUUCUGCGCUUUUGCGUGGGCGUUGAGAUGUAGAGCACGUUGUUUCCUCGAAUAAAAGCAUCGCCGUAUUUGUUCUUUAA